UGGACCAUGGGAUGCGCUCAAUCAGCAGGCCUUCGAACAGACCCUCACCGACAUGCAAUCGCUGGACUGGUCAACUGCGAACGCCCUCUCGAGUGACACGACGGGAGGCUGGCAACCGGCUUUGCUGACUGUGCCAACGAAUCACCUCAUCUACCGAUCCGCACUACAGGAAACAGUCAUGUAUUCAUGGAUGCGGCUCUGAAGUGCACAUUUCCAGGCUGCGCAAAGACGACCUCUUUCAAGACCGAAAAGCUUCUCAUGACCCACGUUGAGAAUAUUCAUACUUUCCCAUUAUAUUGCACCCAGCCUGGCUGUCCUUAUCGUCGCCCAUUCCCCAGGAAAGGUGACCUUGACCGGCAUCUUGCCUCAAAGCACGGGAUUGGCCGCCUGUUCAGAUGCCCUCGACUGGAUUGCCCAAGACACAGGCGCCCAUAUGGCCGUAAAGAUAAGCUCAGAGAUCAUGUGAAUGAUUAUGCACACGGCAUAAAUCAUUGUCAAUAUGAUCAUUGCUUGCUGAAGAGCGAACGUGGUCUUUUUUGCCAGACCGAUGUCACCAAGCAUGAGCAAAGCUCUAAACAUGGAGAGUACGAAUGCAGCAUCGGUGACUGUGCAGGGUCAAACUCUCACUUCACCAAGCAAGGGCUGUCGUUCCAUUUGUCCUCGCACAGAAUUGGGCCUAGGGAAGUCGAUAUCGAGAAGAUGCUGAAGCCAGGCAAACAUGUACUCAGAUCUGAGGACAUCAACCAACUCGUAUACUCGGACAAAACUAAAGCCACCUCCUGCGUUGAUGCAUAUCAGAGCAAAAGCUGCACCGCUUAAAGGACACCAGGUUCUCAUUCUACUUGAAUCGUAAUGAGAGUUGGGUGUAUGAAUCUAAUGAGGAUAAGAUGCAACCUCGAGAUGGAGAUGGAUUUUCUUUCAGU